AUGGCCACCGCCCAACGCGAAGACGUCCGCCACGGCCGCAAAGCGCGCAUGUCCCCUUCCAACGACACUGGCCUCCUCGAGACCCUCCAGCGCUUCUGGCACAAGAGCUACGCCGGCGACUAUACCGCCUUUAUCCUCCUCGUCGUGCUCGAGGUUCUUCUCAAAGUCUUUGACGAGCCGUUCCACCAACUGUUCCGACUCGACGAUCCGCGGAUACAAUACCCGCAUGCGGAGGUCGAGAGGGUGCCGGUGUUCUGGCUCUUCUUCUACGCGGGUGGACUGCCGUUGAUAAUAGUGGUGGUGUGGACGUUGAUCUGGAGGCGGGAUGUGCAUAAAGCGCAUGUGUCGAUACUGGGGCUAGCGACGAGUGUGCUGCUCACCAGCUUUCUCACGGAUGUCAUCAAGGAUGCCGUUGGACGACCGCGACCAGACUUGAUCGCGCGAUGCUCGCCGGACAUCUCCACGCCGAAGAACGAGCUGGUUGGGGUGGAAGUGUGCACAGAGACUAUCCACCACGUCUUGCACGACGGCUGGCGCAGCUUUCCAAGCGGACACAGCAGCUUCUCGUUCGCUGGACUCGGGUACCUAAGUUUGUUCUUCGCGAGCCAGACACAUCUGAUGCAUCCAAGAACGAGUCUGCUGACUGUGCUGUUGUGCAUCGCGCCUUUGCUCGGGGCGGCAUUGAUCGCGAUAUCCCGGCUGGAAGACUACAGACAUGACAAGGAGGACGUGACGGUCGGUGCGAUUUUGGGGCUACUGGUGGCAUAUUUCACCUGGCGGAGGUACUACCCUGGACUGCUGGACAAGCAUUCUGACGAGCCGUACUCUAUGCCAACGAAGAGCGGGAUUGCGGGUCCGAACGAUGGCUUCCAGCGGGUCAGGGAUGAAGAGGAGGCGUAUGGGAUUGAUGAGGACGGACCUGCUGGAUAUGGGGCGAGAGACGGACCUCGAUGA